AUGCCUCCCCCAUCAUCUGGUGGCUCCGGCGGUAAAGGAAAGGAUGAUUCCGGCGAUUCUCACGCUUCGAAAAUGGAGGCUUAUAGAUUCGACUCAGCUGCUUUGGAAAGGGCAGCAAAAGCCGCUAAAGAGUUAGAAUCUUCAAAAUUUUCCAAAGAGGCACUGGAAUUGACAAAAUUGCAAGAAUCAACUCUGCAAGCUAAAUAUGGGAAAGAAAUGAAGGAAUAUGAAGCUCAUCUGGCUCAGCAAAAAAUUGAAGAAAUGCGAGUUUCUCAAGAAGAAAAGAGAAAAACCAUGGCUGAAGAAACAAGGCAGUAUCAGCAGAGAGCCCAAUACCAAGAUCAGUUGGCACGCAAACGAUAUGAUGACCAAUUAGCACAGCAGGCAAGAGUAAAUGAAGAGAAUUUGAGAAAGCAAGAGGAAUCUAUAGCAAAGCAAGAGGCAAUAAAAAAAGCUACAAUUGAACAUGAAGCUGAACUGCGACACAAACAUGAGAUGAUGAAGCUGAGAGCAAAAAUACAAGAAAAAGCCAAAAUGGACAGAGAAAACCGAGAUCUUAUAAGGGAAGAAAUCAAACUUAAAGGUGCUGAACGGAGAGAAACUGUUCUUAAAUCAAUUGAAACUGCUGGUGAUGUUCUUGGAACCGGUUUUGUAUCUUUUAUUAAAGACUGGGACAGAGUUUCUGCUACGGUUGCUGGUUUAACAAUGUUGGCAGUUGGUGUUUAUGCCGCCAAACAUGGAACUGCAGUUGGUGCAAACUACAUUCAAUCAAGAUUAGGAAAACCAUCAUUGAUUAGAGAAACUUCAAGAUUCUCUUUAUUAGAUGCAUUAAAACAUCCUAUAAAGACUUAUUCCAGGUUAGCAAGCAAAGCUGAAGAUUCUCUGAAAGGAAUUAUUUUACAUCCUGAUUUAGAAAAAAGGUUACGUGAUAUUGCAAUUGCCACAAGGCAUACAAAAAAAAACAAAGGUUACUAUAGGAAUUUAUUGAUGUAUGGACCACCAGGAACAGGAAAAACUAUGUUUGCAAAGAGUCUUUCUGAACAUUCUGGUAUGGAUUAUGCAAUCAUGACUGGUGGUGAUGUUGCUCCUAUGGGCCGGGAAGGCGUGACUGCUAUGCACAAAGUAUUCGAUUGGGCCAAAACUAGCCGUAGAGGUUUGCUCCUGUUUGUGGAUGAAUCUGAUGCCUUUUUGAAAAAAAGAAGCAAGGAACAAAUCAGUGAGGAUCUUAGAGCAACACUUAAUGCCUUUUUGUAUCGAACUGGAGAACAAUCCAACAAAUUCAUGUUGGUAUUGUCCAGUAAUCAGCCCGAACAAUUUGAUUGGGCCAUUAAUGAUCGUCUUGAUGAAAUGGUCGAGUUUGUCUUGCCAACAUUACCAGAAAGAGAACGUAUGGUCAGACAGUAUUUUGAUGAAUUUGUUCUCAAACCAGCCACCGAAGGAAAAAGGCGUUUGAAAGUCGCCCAGUUUGAUUAUAGUUUAAAGUGUUCAGAAAUUGCAAAGAACACUGAUGGACUUUCUGGACGUGAGAUUGCAAAAUUGGGUGUGGCAUGGCAGGCCACAGCUUAUGCAUCUGAUGAUGGCAUCUUAACAGAAUCAAUGGUUGAUGCCAUUGUGGCUAAUGCAAUCAAACAACAUCACCAAAAGGUCUUAUGGCAACAUGAUGAUUCUGGAAGUGGUUCUGCUUUCCUAGAGCCUCAAGACAUUUCCAUUCCUAUAGAUAGCAAAUCUACCUCUUCCUCAAAAGUAACACCAACAUCACCCUCGUCAGCUCACUCUAAAUCGCCAUCCAUAUCCAAAACGGAUAAAAAAAAAUGGAAAAACCUGUUUUCUUUUUCUCUCUCUCUCUCCCUCUUUUUCUUUUUCUCUCUCUCUCUCCCUCUUUUUCUUUUUCUCUCUCCCUUUUUUUCUUUUUCUCUCUUUUUCUUUUUCUCUCUUUUUCUUUUUCUCUCUUUUUCUUUUUCUCUCUCUCUCUCACUCUCUCUCUUUUUCUUUUUCUCUCUCUCUCUCACUCUCUCUUGA